CCUUUACCGGCUUUCCGCGCCGCCGCCGCCGCCGCCGCCGCCGUCCGUGGCUCUGCCGGGCAGGAUGAAUGUGAUAGACCACGUGCGGGACAUGGCAGCCGCGGGGCUGCACUCCAAUGUGCGGCUUCUCAGCAGCUUGUUACUUACAAUGAGUAAUAACAACCCGGAGCUGUUCUCCCCGUCGCAGAAGUACCAGCUCUUGGUGUAUCAUGCUGACUCUCUGUUUCACGAUAAGGAAUACCGGAAUGCUGUCAGUAAGUAUACCAUGGCUUUACAGCAAAAGAAAGCCCUUAGUAAAACUUCAAAAGUGAGACCUUCAACUGGAAAUUCUGCGUCUACUCCACAAAGUCAGUGUCUUCCUUCUGAAAUUGAGGUGAAAUACAAAAUGGCUGAAUGUUACACAAUGCUGAAACAAGAUAAAGAUGCCAUUGCCAUACUUGAUGGGAUCCCUUCAAGACAAAGAACUCCCAAAAUAAACAUGAUGCUGGCAAAUUUGUACAAGAAGGCUGGUCAGGAGCGCCCUUCAGUCACCAGCUAUAAGGAGGUGCUGCGGCAGUGCCCUUUAGCCCUGGAUGCCAUUCUAGGCUUGCUGUCCCUUUCUGUAAAAGGUGCAGAGGUGGCAUCAAUGACAAUGAACGUGAUCCAGACAGUACCUAACUUGGACUGGCUCUCAGUGUGGAUCAAAGCCUAUGCUUUUGUGCAUACUGGCGACAACUCAAGAGCAAUCAAUACCAUCUGUUCACUAGAGAAGAAGUCCUUACUGCGAGAUAACGUGGACCUCCUGGGAAGCUUAGCGGAUCUGUACUUCAGAGCUGGAGACAAUAAAAACUCCGUCCUUAAAUUUGAGCAGGCACAGAUGUUGGAUCCUUAUCUGAUAAAAGGAAUGGAUGUUUACGGCUACCUCCUGGCACGGGAAGGGCGACUGGAGGAUGUGGAGAACCUGGGCUGCCGCCUUUUCAAUAUUUCUGAUCAGCAUGCAGAACCCUGGGUGGUCUCUGGGUGUCAUAGUUUCUAUAGCAAACGGUAUUCCCGGGCCCUGUAUUUAGGAGCCAAGGCUAUUCAGCUGAACAGUAACAGCGUUCAAGCAUUGCUCCUGAAGGGAGCCGCACUGAGGAACAUGGGCAGAGUCCAAGAAGCAAUAAUCCAUUUUCGGGAGGCCAUACGGCUUGCACCUUGUCGCUUAGAUUGUUAUGAAGGUCUCAUCGAGUGUUACUUGGCCUCCAACAGUAUUCGUGAAGCAAUGGUGAUGGCUAACAACGUUUACAAAACUCUCGGUGCAAAUGCACAGACGCUCACCCUUUUAGCCACUGUUUGUCUUGAAGACCCAGUGACACAGGAGAAAGCCAAAACCUUGUUAGAUAAAGCCCUGACCCAGAGGCCAGAUUACAUUAAGGCUGUGGUGAAAAAAGCAGAACUGCUUAGCAGAGAACAGAAAUAUGAAGAUGGAAUUGCGUUACUCAGGAACGCACUGGCUAAUCAGAGUGACUGUGUCCUGCAUCGGAUCCUAGGAGAUUUCCUUGUAGCUGUCAAUGAGUAUCAGGAGGCAAUGGACCAGUAUAGUAUAGCACUAAGUUUGGACCCCAAUGACCAGAAGUCUCUAGAGGGGAUGCAGAAGAUGGAGAAGGAGGAGAGUCCCACGGAUGCCACUCAGGAGGAGGAUGUGGACGACAUGGAAGGGAGUGGGGAAGAAGGGGACCUGGAGGGCAGCGACAGUGAGGCGGCCCAGUGGGCUGACCAGGAGCAGUGGUUCGGCAUGCAGUGAGGGCAGCUCCGCGCACCUGCUCGGAGCGCUUCCCUGGACCCAGGCGCCGUGGGAGCUGCUCUCGGGACAGUGACGCGGCGAGUGCUCCCAGGAGGGGCCUGCCCCACGCUCCUGAGUUCUAGUCGGGACUUGAUUCUAACGCUGAGCCUGGCCAGCCUGCCAGGAUGCCCACCCUCCCGUCGCCAGCAGGGAGGACUGCGAAGCCCUGAGGCCCACACACUUGCGGGGCUCCUGGGCAGGGAGUGCUUCGGGUAUAACUAACCACAUCCAGAGCUCAAGGAGUAGACUGCUUUGUCUGACGUGAGUGGGCUUGGAGGAGUAACCCGCCUCCCACGAUGGCAACACAGCCUGGCCCCUUCCACGAGGGCUCCUGUUCCGAGAAAGUGAUCCGGGCCUGUCCGUGCUUCCCUAGUAACCCGCUUCCCCCUGCAAGUUAGUGAUGCCUUAAGCUGACAGUCGCCGUUGUGCAGAGCAGUUUUCCUGUUUGCUAAGCUGGUACCUGGGCGUCUCAGAAACAGGUAUGGUGAGGGCAUGACAGGGGUGCGCCCCGGCAGUGCCUAAUAAAAGUGGUUUGUACAGCCGUGUGUUGGGUGGUCGGAACGGAA